AUGAGUAAUUCUAAGAACCCUACAAAUGCCGAAGAAGAAAAUCAUACAGUCCCUCCGUCCCUCACACUGUGGCCAAUGAUGGAGAGAGAACAAAGAAACCCGCGAGUAGUACUCGAUCUUCAGGCUGGUUCCGGAGGCUUUGGGAAAUUUAAUAACAGUGGAAAGCUUGGCCCUGCACCUGCAAAUUGUGUCCAAGUUGUAUAUAUUUACAUACACCCACACGAGUGUCUCUACAUACAACGACUAAAAGGAAGUGUUUAUGAAAUCAAACUAGAAGGCAAACACAUACUUGUUAGAGGCUCGAAAACACCAGGAAAACAGCUCCCCGACCGGACCAAACAACGGCCCCUCCUCGCGGGCCCAGACCGGCCCGGAGAUUCGAGGCUCCUCAUAAGCAGGUGCUUCACAGCGGAGAUCAGCUCCUCAGUCGGGCUUUCCGGCGGGCUCAAACUCAGGGUCUUGAACUUCCGGCAGAAGCUCAUGUGCUGGUCCAGGGCCUCUUCGUGCCCAAUUGUCUUCUCCGACCUCACCAGCUCGUCCUUCACGGCCUCCGAGCAAAGCCCGCAUAGCCACCGCCCGGAAUAA